UCAACUUUUUUUGUGCUGCAAAUAUUAAUGCCACAUCUUUUGAUAUAAAUUUUUUCAAAGUAGUGUUUAUGUAAGUGUUUUAUCACUCGAAUUUUUUUAUAUGACAGUUGCACUUGAAAUAGAAAUAAUCUUAUUAUUGCUAGAAAUUUUACACCAAAAUAACCUGGGAAAAAUGGAGGAGAUCUGACUAUGUCUGCUUUGAUAAAAUGAGAUACAGAUCUGAAAUUCAAGUAGACUCAGAUUUGAUUGGAUACAAUUUUAUGUCGUCAGGUCUGCACAGCCAGAUCUGAUCAAAUCCAGCCAGAUAUGUUAAACUAUACUUCGAUCUCAUCAGAUCCGAUCAUUGCUUUAGCUCGAUAUAAAUCGCUCGAUAUAAAAUCGAGUUAAAAAUAUCCCGGAUAUUUCAAACCGUAUGGGAACAGUUACUAAUAUUAAAAAAUUUGACAGCAAUUUUUUUGAAUUAUCUUUGGAUCAAACUCACACACUUUCGCCUGAAACGAGACUAUUAAUGGAACAUUCUUACGAAGCAAUUAUUGAUGCGGGAAUCAAUCCGAAGCAAUUACGAGGAAAAAAUACUGCUGUAAUUAUAGGAACAUAUUUUCUUGAAUCGCAAAAAGAUUUUCUAUAUAAAGAAGAGCAGUUCGGUGGCCUGAAUGUUAUUGGAUGUAGCAAAACUGCUACAGCAAACAUGAUUUCAUACUACUUGGAUUUAAAGGGACCAUCGCAUACAACCGAUACAGCGUGUAGUUCUAGCCUUUCUGCUAUGGCAAUUGGUUACAAUUAUAUUAUGUCAGGAGUAUGCGAAGAUGCGAUAAUUGGGACUGCAAAUCUAUGUUUUAGUCCAAUUAUUAAUCUAUUAUUCACUAAUCUUGGUGUUUUGUCACCUAAUGGUUACUGCAGACCUUUUGAUUCCGCUGCAAAUGGCUUCGUCCGAAGUGAAACAGUGGCAGUGAUAUAUUUACAAAAAGCAAAAAAUGCAAAAAGAAUUUAUGCUAUAUGUCCACAUAUUAAAUUAAACAGCGAUGGAUACAAAUCAGAAGGAAUAACAUACCCAUCGCAAUUAGGACAAACUAAUCUACUAGCGGAAUUUUACAAUGAGUGCGGAAUACCAACAUCUUGCUUAGAUUACAUUGAAGCACACGGUACCGGAACCAAAGUCGGCGAUCCUCAGGAAGUCGGUGCAAUUCAGAACGUUUUGUGUAAAAAUAGAGGAACUCCAUUAAUGAUCGGGUCCGUAAAAUCUAAUCUGGGUCAUACUGAACCAGCAAGUGGCAUCACUCAGAUUGCUAAGGUAAUAAUAUCAUUUGAAAGCGGUUUUAUUCCUUCAAAUAUAAAUUAUACAACACCACGGAAUGAUAUAGACGCCUUAAUGAAUGGAUCUGUUUGUGUCGUCCAAGAACCGAUGCCACUUAAAAACGGUUACAUAGGUAUCAGUUCUUUUGGUUUCGGAGGAGCUAAUGUUCAUGCAUUAUUAAAGUGGAAUCACAAACAGAAAAAUUACAAUGGUUUACCGAAUAAUGACUUGCCAAGACUUGUGAUAUUAUCUGGAAGUACUGAAAAAUCUGUUAAGUUGUUUCUAAAUGACGUUGUUAAUCAUCCAAUAGAUAAAGAAUACAUUCGUUUAUUACACGACAUCCAUACAGACAAUAUAGAAGGACACACAUGGAGAGGAUUUAUUAUACUUCAUAAUCAGAAACAAGAAUCAAUAAAGGAAAUUCAACAUUGUGAAAGCGUAAAAAGACCUGUUUGUUUUAUAUUUUCUGCUCUAGGCACACAAUGGCCAGGAAUGGGACAAAACUUAUUAAAAUUGCAAGUUUUUGCAAAUACAAUAAGAAUGUGCGAUACUAUUUUAAAACCAUAUGAUAUAAGUGUCACGGAUAUUUUAACAAGGACAGAUGAAAAAGUGUUCGAAAACGCUUUAUAUGCCUUUCUUGGUAUCAUCGCUAUUCAGAUUGGCUUAGUAGACCUCUUGACAUCCUUAGGGAUUAUUCCGGAUUACAUGGUUAGUCAUUCCGCUGGUGAACUCGGUUGUGCCUACGCGGACAAAUGUCUCACUAUUGAACAAACCAUUUUGUCAGCAUAUUUUAUAGGUUUGGCAUGCGUAGAAGGAAAAGUAAUUCGUAGCUCUAUGGCACUUGUCAAUCUUAAUUACAAAAACUUAAAAAAUCUAAUUUCAAAGGAAAUUGAAAUAAUUUGCCGCAAUAGCGAGAAUAGCAGUGUUGUGUGUGGACCGACAGAAUUUAUACAAAAAUUUAUUAAAAAAUUGCAGCUUAAUAAUAUUUACGUGAAGGAGAUCUAUUGCAACGUACCUUAUCACAGUUCUUAUCUCGCAUCCGUAAAAACUGAACUUCUGUUAAAUUUGAACAAUGUAAUACCACGGCCGAAGAAACGGAGUCCAAAGUGGAUCAGUACUUUAAUACCUCGUACUGAAUGGUUUACUUCAAGUUUCUCAUCGGCGGACUAUCAUACCCACAGUAUAUUAAACACCGUUUUCUUUGAACAAACAAGGCAUUUAAUUCCAAGUAAUGCUGUGAUUAUUGAAAUCACACCAGACAGCGUUUUGCAAAACAUUUUAAAAGAAUAUUUGCAUCCAAAAAUAAUAAACAUUGUACUGAAUAGACGCACCGAACAAAAUGUUGAAGUAUUUUUGCAAGGAAUUGGGAGGCUUUAUAACUAUGGUUUACAGCCGCAGGUCGCCAAUCUAUACCCGCCAGUGGAAUUUCCGGUUAGCCGAGGAACUCCUAUGAUCUCUCCAUCGAUCAGAUGGAAUCAUUCUGAAGAUUGGUUUAUACCGGACUGUAAAACACAUAAGUAUUUGAAAAGAGAAAGAUACAUCGAAAUUUCCCUUAAAGAUGUAGAUUAUGACUAUUUCGCCGGACACGUAAUAGAUGGGAGAAUUUUGUUGCCCGCAACAGGUUAUCUUGUACUUGUUUGGCAAACCAUUGGCAUGAUGAAAGGAUUAAUGUUCUCAACAGUACCGAUAAUAUUUCGAGAUGUAAAAUUUAUUCGUGCUACUCAUUUGACAACAAAUAAUACUGUAACAUUAAGGAUUGCGAUACAGAAAGAUGGGAGUUUUGAAAUAACCGAAGGUGAUGGCAUUGUGGUAACAGGCGUAGCGUACGAUACAUCGAAUCCAAAACAAGAAAUGACUUCGACAGACUUAUUAUCAGAGAUUGACGAUGAAGAAGAAAUGACUGCUCGAGAUAUCUACAAGGAAUUGAAACUCCGCGGUUAUCAGUAUAGCGGCUGGUUUCGUGAAUUAAAGAGUGCAUCCGUUUCAGGUAAUAAAGGACAUAUCGUUUGGAAAAAUUGGGUUACGUUUAUGGAUAAUAUGCUACAAAUGCGUCUUAUCGGAUACGAUACUAAAGGUUUGUAUGUUCCUACGAGUAUUCAAAAAGUGGUGAUUAAUCCUGAACUUCAUAUUUCAACGCUAAGACAUUAUGCAGAUUAUGUGACAGAUACUAUAUUACCCGUACAAAUAUACAGAGAGAUAGAUUCGAUUAUAGCAGGUGGAAUAGAGAUACAAGGUCUUAAUGCUACUCAGAUUUCUCGACGGAAAUUAACCCAAGAGGCCGUUAUUGAACACCACAUAUUUAUAGCUCAUCAAGAUAGCGUUGAAAUUUCUUUAAAAGAGGCGAUUCGAAUAUCCGCGCAACUCGCGCUGGAAGAUCAUCAAAUCACUAAAGUGAAAGCUAUUGAGUUGCUGGAAGAGGUCGAUAAUGUUACAUUAGAAUAUCUUUCGUCUUCAUUGUUGAUUGAAGCUUUUGAGGAUAUACCAUUGAUACAAACGAAUGUCACUCUAUUAACAUCGCCCAAUCGUUUCAGUUCAGAAAACUUAUCACAAAAUAUUUUAAUCGCCGAUAUAAACAAACCAACUGUAAACGAUAAAGUCUUAAUAGUUGCCGGAUACAAUCUUCUGUCUAAACAGCAAACUUCUUUAGAACGACUUUUGCCAUUUCUAAAAGAAGGUGGCUAUCUGUUGACGCGUGAAAAGUGCGACAUGUGUGAUUAUAACAUGCAUCAGCAAAAAUACGAAUUAAACGUUAUUCUUGAAAAGCGCACUGAUAAAGAAAAGGUUGUUCUUAUGAAGAAAAAAGUUUUUGUAACGAAACAAAUUGUUGUUCAUAUUAGUAAUAAUAACUUUAACUGGUUAGAUGAUUUAAAGUCCCUUGUAAGCGACGAAAGCAAACUCGAGGAGGAUAAUAGAAUCAUAGUUGUUGGAGAGGGAGACUCUGAGUGUGGUCUGUUGGGUUUUGUUAACUGCUUGAGAAAAGAACCAGGUGGAGAACUUGUUAGGGGUGUACUUAUUCAAGAUAAAGAAGCUCCUAAAUUUUCUCUUCAAGACCCCUUCUAUUUACAACAAUUGGAAAAAGACCUGACUAUUAAUGUAUUACGGUCUAAUAAAAUCUGGGGAUCGUACAGACAUUUACGAUUAUCACAGGAAGCCGAACUUGUUCCUACCGCUCACGUUAGCCAAAUGAUUUGUGGUGAUUUAAAUACAUUUUGUUGGAUAGAAAAUGAUUUAUCCAUUCGAUAUUGUCGUGAGGACCUAGUACAUGUUGUAUAUUCAUCUCUUAAUUUUAAAGAUGUAAUGCUUGCUACUGGUAAAUUAAUACAUAAUAUGGCACUUUCUCGAGGACGGUUAUUUGAAUACAUUCCUCUUGGAUUGGAAUACGUUGGAUUCGAUGUCAACGGUCAACGAGUAAUGGGAGUUAAUGAUACCGAUUGCAUAGCAAACGUUGUUGUAAAGAAUAAAGAUUUAUGUUGGAAAGUACCGGACGCAUGGACAUUUGAAGAAGCUGCGACGGUUCCAUGCGUUUACAGUACAGUUUACUUCGCCUUAUAUAUUUAUGGGAAAAUGAGGAAAGGCGAUAAAAUACUUAUACACUCUGGUACUGGCGGCAUUGGACAGGCAGCUAUUCAUCUCGCUCUCAAAGAAGGAUGCGAAGUGUUCACUACCGUAGGCACGAGUGACAAACGAAAUUUUAUUAAAAGAGUGUUUCCUUCAAUUUUGGAUGAACAUAUUGGAAAUUCUCGAGAUAUCAGCUUUGAACAAAUGAUAAUGCGGCAAACGAACGGUCGCGGAGUUGAUAUCGUGUUGAAUUCAUUAGCAGAAGAGAAAUUAAUCGCUUCCGUUCGUUGUUUGGCUCAAAACGGUCGUUUUUUGGAAAUCGGGAAAUUUGAUCUUGUUUCUAACAAUUCUCUUUGUAUUUCUGCCUUUCAGAAAGGUAUUAGCUUUCAUGGAAUUUUAUUAGAUAAUAUAUUUAUUGGUGAUCACAAGUAUAAAUUCAUAUUACGCAAAAUGAUAAUCGAUGGUCUUAAGAACGAAACCAUCAAACCUAUUCAAGUAAAAAGUUUCCCGAAAACAAACAUUGAAGAAGUUUUUAGAUACAUGGCGAGUGGAAAACACAUGGGAAAGAUAAUUAUAAAUAUCCAGGAAAAAGAUACACCUUUAGACAAGCCCAUUCCUGCAUAUCGUCGCUAUUAUUGUCUUAACCACAAAAAUUAUAUUGUACUAGGAGGUCUGGGUGGAUUUGGUUUAGAAUUAACCGAUUGGCUGAUAUUUCGUGGUGCUAGAAACGUAGUGUUAAUCUCGCGAACUGGAAUAAAAAAUGGUUAUCAACUCAUGAAGAUUCAACUAUGGAAAUCGUAUGGUGUAAAUGUGCACAUUAUCAAGGAUAUUGAUGUCACCGAUCCUAAAGAUUGUGAAUACCUCUUACGAACUGCAGAAAGCGAAGCAUCAGUGGACGCGAUAUUUAACCUCGGUGUGGUGCUAAAAGAUAACAUUCUAAAAAAUCAAACAACAGAGACAUUUGCAGAGUCUUUUCAGUCAAAGGCCCGUGCGACGCAAACUUUGGAUAAACUAUCCAGAAAAUUUUGCCCUAAACUGAGGAAUUUCGUAGUGUUCUCUUCCGUUUCCUGCGGUAGAGGCAAUGCUGGACAGAGUAAUUAUGGCAUGGCUAAUUCUGUUAUGGAGAGAGUAUGCGAAAAGAGGGCAGAGGAAGGAUUACCCGGAUUGGCAAUUCAAUGGGGGGCUGUUGGUGACGUGGGUCUCGUCGCUGACAUGCAAGAAAACGAUAAGGAAUUGAUUAUUGGUGGUACCUUACAACAAAAAAUAUCCUGUUGUCUAGAUGAACUCGAUAAAUUUUUACUUCAAACCCGACCAGUCGUGAGCAGUAUGGUCGUAGCUGAAAAGAAAUCUGGAUCUGGUGAACAUGACAGUCCGAUAAAAGCUGUUGCCGGUAUUUUAGAUAUAAAAGACAUGAAAGUUGUUAGUCAAAAUACAUCACUGGCCGAACUUGGAAUGGACUCCAUGAUGGCUGUGGAAAUCAGACAAACUUUGGAACGAGAAUUUGAUAUUUUUCUUACUACACAAGAGAUAUCUAAUCUCACAUUUGCGAAACUUGAUAAGAUGUCCAAUACAAACGUCAAUAAUUAUGAUAAGCAGCAUGAGAAUAAUCUUAAUGCAGAUAAAGGGACCUAUGAGAUAAAAUUGCCAGUUGGUAUUUUAGAAGACAAAGAUUUUAUUUCAGAGCUCUAUUUUGAUCUCUUGACUGAAAAACAAAAUGCUACGACUGAAGUUUUUCUUAUACCGGGAAUCGACGGGUGUGGGACAAUAUUUGAUAAUUUAGCAGCAGAUAUUAAAUUUUCAGCAACAUCUUUACAUUAUAGCAUAAAUAAUACUAAUGCAACAGACGUCAUAUUGGAAACAACUGAUCGUUUUCUCAACCAUAUAUUACCAAAAUUAAGAGGCGGAAAAGAUUUUGUAAUGGUAGGAUACUCCUUUGGUUCUAUUAUUGCAAUUGAGAUAACAAGAAGAUUAGAAGCCUUAAAUGUUAAAGGUCGUUUGGUUCUAAUCGACGGCGCUCCUGAACAAAUGCGAAUAAUGUACAAACAUGUUACAUCAAAUUUUAAUGAUGCGGAUCUUCAGUUUGCUGUUUUAAUCAAUAUUAUGGAAAUGUACUCAGGAACUAGUAAAGAGAUUAUAAUGGAACUGCAGAAAUGUAAUACCUGGGAGGAACGAUACAAUAUUUUCGCAAAAUCGUUUUUAGUUAUGAAUACGUCACUGUCCCCAGUAAAUUUAAAAACGCUAUGUACUACAGUAUACAAACAUUCAUCCGCUUUGCGGCACUACGAUCCUUCUACACUACCACCAAUUAAAUCUCCUAUAAUCUUGUUAAAACCUACACAGCCGUUACAUACACUAAUGACGGAUGAAGAUUAUGGUUUGCAUAAGAUAACUCAAAACACAGUUCAAGUACAUUACGUCAACGGUACUCAUGUGACAAUAUUGAGAAAUGAAAAGGUGUCAACUGCAAUUAACGGGAAACCACCCUUUAUCAUUUAAGCAUCUAUACUGGUGGAAAGCGAAUAUAAAGAAAGCGAAGAAAAAGGUGGAACAAAUGCAGAUAAAGUUGCUUUUAUUACGAAAUACGUACUGCAAAAAUUCGAAGAAGCUCGUGAAAGAAGAUCUAUUAUUCAUGACAUGAAUUCAAGGGCCCUGGAAAUAGAUCUACCUGAAUUUAAGGCAAGUAAAUAUUGGAUUUGGAAAUUCAAGAAUGUGCAUGGAAUUGUUUUCCGCAAAAUAACGACAUUCAGAAUGCCAUUUAUGCUUGAAAAUAUUAAUAAUCUACAAGAUAUCGCAAAAUCGUUUGUUUCAAACGUAAGAUCUAACAUCCCAACCAUCAGAGUUGAAGUUGCAGAUGAGAGUAGCUUUUCAACCUUGAAAUAUAUUCUGGACGAACAUUGACGCAAUUGGGUGCAAAAAUAGUUGAAGCAACGGUUCAAUCGGUAUCUUUUACGAUACAUAAUUACACUAUAAUGCCGAUUAUUUUGACAAGUGGACGUCUUUUUUCAUCACUGUACAUGGUUUUAAAGAAAUCCACAGGAACAUUUGAUCCAAGAAUGCAAGAAACUCUUCUUCGUCCAGUUAAUAUUUACAUUCAAGCUUCAAAAUUAGAAAAACUUACAUCUGAAGAUUUCAAAACUUGCAGCAGUUGAUUUCACAAGACAAAGACGUACAAUUUUUAACUAUUCCAAGAAAGACGAUGAGCCUCAUUCAGCCUUUAGAUGUGUUCGGAUUCCGGAUUUGGAAAAAUUUUGUGCGAACAUUUUCAGAUAAUAUAAUUCUUCAAGAGAGAGAUGUCAAUUUGCACUCCCGUAACGAAAUAAUUAAAUUGCAAUCAUUAACAUAAUUAGCUUUCUUCGCCUAGAUAUAAAAAUCUUUUCCAACAUGCUUGGUUUAAAAGCGGAUAUGUAAAAAUACAUCCCGACGAAUUUCAAAAUAUUGUAGAGUUCUAUUUCUAUUUACAAAAUAAAAAGCAUAUACCCAAAUGUAGUUGUUGAGGAUCGAGCGUACCGGAUUCUCUCCGUCGAGCGGGAGGCCUUUGCUUGUUACGCGCAAAACAAGAUUGUGGCGCGAAAACCGAUGGCGCUAAUCCGAUGGCAAUAACAUUGCCUUAUAUGGGCAUUUCUUCGCCAUUUUCACGUUCGGAGGGGCGAUAGCGAUCCAUGGAAAGGGGGUGCCUCCGCUUUCUCGGGGCGUUUUGCGAGCGUUUUUCGCGCCCUGCCACCAGAAAUCGCCGAGUCAGUACCGCGAUCGGAUCGCUGUCGCCCUCCGAGUUCGUACGCUUGCAUUAUUUUCUCAUAUCCCGCGUGCUCGCGCAAGAUCCACGCGCCCGCGAAAAUUCCGGCGCUGAGCCUACUCUCGCUCGGGCGAAUUGUGCAGCAAGCGCGUCUCCAAUUGAGUUAAGAUUUAUUAUAUUUUUUUUAUAUAUAUUUUUUAAUUAUACGUGAAGUGCUAACGUCCUUGAGUUUUUUUUAUUUUCCCGCCACUCCGCGCCAUCCUUGUUCCCGCACACGCCACGGUCGUGAACAGCAGUGUUUGUGGGAUAGCCGCUUUUAUGCGCUGUGCAUGGUUUCUGUUUUAAACAUUCAAAUGAAGAAUAUCAUUAUUGUACAAAUUAUAAUCUGUAAUUUACAAAAUAGUUAACUAUAUCCGCAUUCUGUAAAUCAGAAAGUUAUCAGUGCAUUAUGUAAUUUUGCGUCAUUUAAUAUUAAAAUAGAGUUUUAAUAUCUUGUUUAUUGAUUUGCAAAAUUAUACACUAAAAGAAUGAAUAUAUAAAUGUUAUUAUUACAAUAAAAUAAUAAAUAACGUUUAUUGUUAUUAUGAUUUAUACAUGUCACUGAUUAGUAUUAAUUUGUUUUAAUUUGUUUUUCUUAUAGUUGUAAGUAUAUACUGAUCGAUUUAGCUAUCUGAAAUGUCAAUAAUAAUAUAAAUAAUUUAAAUAUUGCUUUACAAAACCAUUUUUUAAUUAAAAGUGCUAACAAUUUUUAAAAAAUUACUUUAGAUACAAUUUUUUUGAUAUCUGAAGAGCAGAGAAAGAUAAUCUAUUCACAACUCUGGGUUAUAAAGAGUUUAUUGCGUUAAUGAACAUGAAAUGAAGGUUAAGGUUACAAGAUUAAAAAAAAAACGUGUACACAGCGAGACGAGCGAGUCACGAUCAGGCCAAAAGCGCGGUAGAUUUUCAGGACUGCCAACUCGAGCAUUUUCUAUUUCCUAUAGACCACAACGCCACAGGAAGCAGUAGUGUACAAUACAGGGAUUUAAGAUUUAAUAUGUCUAAGUGCUUUCCAUAACAC